UUGAGAUUGAAAAAGGAGCAAUAAUUAUGAGCGGGAUUUUAUCGGAUUUGAGUGCCAAACAGGCCGACGCGCUUACUGCGAUGAGAUCAAAUCUUCAUGAUGUCUUACAAGAAGAUCAUGAUGAUCACUGCUUGUUACGAUUCUUAAGAGCACGCCGAUUCAACGUAAAGAAGGCUGAGGAAAGUUUUAGACGGGAUCUGGAGUGGCGAAUAAAGAACAGAAUAGAUUCCAUUCAUGAUUGGUAUGAAAUACCUGAGGCUUGCUUGAAGUAUUGGCCAGGAGGAGCUACCGGAUUGGAUAAAGAAGGUCACGUGGUGUGGAUAUGCCCUCUUGGUAACGUCGAUCCCAAAGGACUGCUCUACUCGGUAAAAGCUGGAGACAUCAUCAAAACAAAUAUCAGCAUCUUGGAGAGAUUACAAAAUGAACAGAAAAUCAUUUCUAGAAAGCUUGGUCGUCAUAUUGAAGGUGUCACAUUCAUCGUAGAUCUUGAACACCUGAAUGCAGGCCAUAUAUGGAAACCAGGAAUGACAGUCAUGACAGAGGCCGCUGCAUUGUUUGAAGAACAUUAUCCGGAGAUCAUUCAUAAAAUGCUGAUAGUUCGACCUACUAAGAUAUUUCCUGCAGUCUAUUUCAUCUUGAAACCAUUCCUCAGUGAAGGAACAAGAGCAAAGAUUAAAGUACUAGGAGGUAACUGGCGUGAUGCCCUCCUGAAACACAUAGAUCCAGAAGUACUUCCGGUUUACUGGGGAGGAACCAUGACAGAUACUGAUGGCAAUCCUAACAUGUGUCCUUCAAAGAUUAAUCUUGGAGGUAAAGUUCCAUCGUUUUAUUUUAAGAAGGGAAGUGAUCUGACACAUUCUGAUAUGACAUCUCAACAGCUUCCGGGUAAGAGGUCAAUAGAGAUCAAGUACAAGGUCAAGACACUUGGCAGCAUAUUCAGGUAUGAAUUCAAAACUGAAUCUCACGAUAUCGCAUUCGGGAUUCAUCGGUUGUUGGAUUCAGGGGAGAAGAUCUCCAUACUUGAUGAGAAACGAUAUAACAGUCAUAUCGUGCCUGAAGAUGGAGAGGUACUAUUUGAAGAACCAGGAUUGUAUGUGGUGAAAUUCGACAAUCACGGCAGUACCUUCCAGAAGACCCGAAAGCUUAGCUAUUGGAUGGAGGUGAUUGAACCACGUCUUGAGGUCAAUGAAUACAAGUCAUGAUGACAGAAUCAUUUGACGACAUCACAAGAGACAGUGGCUACCUCGACGAUAGAGGUCCGAUGUCGAGACACAGGUCGACGUCAUUAGAACGAUCAUCGACCUUACCUCGUCUUCAAACCCAUGCUCAAGGACCAAUGAAAGGGCUGUCGCAUACACCAUCUUUCUCUUGAAUUAAAAACUGU